GCCAAUUGUCAUGGUCAGCGUCACCUAUUCCCAUAAAACCUACCCUUUUUAUCAUUUCCCUGAAAUUCUCUCUCCCCCCUCUCCCUCUCCCUCUCCCUCUCAACGACACUGGGCAAAGAAAGCAUUUAAUCGCUGUUAGUACUUGUGUUUCUUCUCUAUCAUCAAUACUAUUACCGAUAACCAUCAUCACCAAUCAGAAAGGCAAGGCAGGCACAAAAUGGAUGGUCUGCCCUCUGGAUAUCGCCCCAACGUUGGUGUCUGUCUCAUCAACUCUGAUAACCUGGUUUUUGUGGCUUCAAGAUUAAAUGUUCCAGGAGCAUGGCAGAUGCCUCAGGGGGGUAUUGAAGAUGGUGAGGAGCCUAAGUCUGCAGCCAUCAGGGAAUUGAUGGAAGAAACAGGGAUAGUCUCUGCUGAAACUAUUGCCGAGGUUCCAAAUUGGUUGACUUAUGACUUCCCCCCUGCUGUGAAGGCCAAGGUGAAUCGUCUCUGGGGAGGUGAAUGGCACGGACAGGCACAAAAGUGGUUUCUCAUGAGAUUAACAAAAGAUGAGAGUGAGAUCAACUUAGCAAGUGGCGAAGCAGACCCAGAAUUUGCAGAGUGGAAAUGGGCUAGCCCCGAAGAAGUUAUUGAGCAGGCAGUGGACUACAAGAGGCCAACUUAUGAAGAAGUUAUGAGGACGUUUAGGCCUUACUUGAAUGAAAAUGGAAUAGCUGCUAAAUGUAAAUCUUCAAAGUGGUAAACGGUGUGCGCGUGCUUUUGUAGGUGUCCCUCCAUGAAAUCUGGACUUUGUAGGACUCUGUUCUUUGUAAAUGGAAGUGUCAGUUAGAAUUUCAACAUUAGAUGGUUGCGUAACUGUAAUAAAACUCUUUGUUCAAUUAACUCUCAUAAUUUUGUGUAA